UCUCCUUCUUCUUCUCUUCGUCCUCAUCAGAAAACUCUCCGACGCAUUCCUCCGAUCAAAUAGCUUAGAUUCUGUUUCUGUCUAUAAGAGAGAAGAGAGAAGGAUGGCUACAGAAGAAGAAAACGUUCCGACGACUGUUGACUCAGGAGCUGCUGAAGCAACGACGGAGAAAUCUCCGGCGGCGAAAGGUGGUAAAUCAAAGAAGAAGACGGCGACUCCGACGAAGAAGAAGAAGCCUGUGAAAGCUGCUGCUGCUGCUACAACGAAGAAGAGGAAAGCUUCGUCAUCAUCUCACCCUCCCUAUGAAGAGAUGAUAAAAGAUGCGAUAGUAACGUUGAAGGAGAGAACUGGAUCUAGUCAAUACGCGAUUCAGAAGUUCAUAGAAGAGAAGCACAACAAGUCUCUUCCUCCUAAUUUUCGAAAGCUUCUCCUUGUGAAUCUCAAGAGACUCGUUGCUUCUGACAAAUUGGUUAAGGUCAAAGCUUCUUUCAAGAUCCCUUCCGCUAGAUCUAAACCGGCUGCUUCUACUACUACUGCUGCUCCGGUUAAGAAGAAGGCAACAACAACAACUGUGGCUAAACCUAAGGGUAAAGUUGCUGCUCCUGCUAAAGCUAAGGCGGCGGCGGCUAAAAGAACUACUACUAAGAAGCCUGCGGCUAAGGUUGUUGUUGCUAAGCCUAAGGCGAAGGUUGUUGUUGCUGCUGCUAAACCUAAAUCAAAGUCUGUUGCUGCUGUUUCAAAGACUAAAGCUGUUGCUGCUAAGCCUAAGGCUAAGGAGAGACCAGCUAAAGCUUCUAGGACUUCGACUAGAACAUCUCCUGGGAAAAGAGCUGCUGCUCCUGUUAAGAAAGCUGUGGCUGUCACUAAGAAGUCUCCGGCUAAGAGUGUGAAGUCUCCUGCUAAAAGGGCUUCAACUAGGAAGGUGAAGAAGUGAGGGAGUCUUGGUUUUAGGAGAUAGUUUGGGGUUUGGGAGAGGAGAUUGAAUACAUGGUUGGUGGUAGCUUCGAUAGGGGGUAGUCUUGUAUAAUUGAAUCAUCCUUGAAGGAGCUUGCUUUCCAAAGUUUUUUUUCUUUUUUUGUUUCUUUGGUUUCUUGUUGAAACUUCUUUUUUUCUUUUCUUUGUAAUUUUUGGUUUGUUUGAAAAUUUAAGCUUUAAUCAAUAGCUAUGAAAAAUGUGAUGGUUUCUUCACUCUUUA